AUGGCUAUCAUCCUAUCUUUCUCUUUGAACGAACACUCCCGUAAGCGACCACCCUCAGGGCCAGGAGAAAGUGGUCACUUACAGGAGAUGGUCGCUUACGAGAGUGUUCGUUCAAAGAGAAUCGACUCAUGGGUUGGUUCCGGAGCCUUGGCUAUUUCCUGUCUUCUCGCUCCACUCGUUAGCCUUCUCUGUAAUCGUUAUGGUUACAGACUAGUGACCAUUGGCGGAGGACUGACAUGCGCAUUAGGUCUCAUCCUAACUGCGCAUGCACCGAAUCUCCCCGUCAUCUACGUCACGUAUACCAUAAUAUUCGGCUUUGGAGCAAGUUGUGCGUACACGUCGGCGUUCAUCGUCGUGACAGACUACUUUUCGAAAUGGCGUUCCUUAGCAACGGGAGUCACGUGUGCCGGAAGUAGCUGUGGCAUGUUGAUCAUGAUACCUGUUAUACAACUUCUUCUUCGCCAUUACGGUCUGCAAACAACGUUCACCGUUUUAUCCCUCGUGGCCUUAAUUCCUUCGUUCUGUGGCUGUACUUACAACCCAAGUAUUCGUAAAGGUUUGCCAAACUCGACGGAUGAGGCAAACUUGAAUAAACCGAGUGUCAAGCCGUUUAGUUUGCUGGAUUUUUCCGUGUGGAGAAUCCCGACUUUUACCAUCUAUGCUUUGUCGUUGACUGUUAUCAUGCUUGGAUACUUUGUACCGCGUGCACAUUUGGCUCGCUACUGUGAAGAGCUUGGCAUAAGCACAGAUGAAUCCUCUUGGUACUAUUUCUACACCGGUCUUGCAUCUCUCAUUGGACGAGUCAUCUUCGGUCAACUCUGCAACUACCGUAAAAUCAAUUCCUUCCUCGUCACUCAAAUCACCGCAGCUAUCCUUGGUGUUGCAACGAUCCUCCUCCCCUUUGCGCGUGCGCCGUUGGAAUUCAUUGCAUACUCUCUUGUGAUUGGUUUCUUCGAUGGUGGCGUUAAUACUCCAGUGGCGCUGAAUGUGUUUGAAUGUGUUGGUAGAGAACGGAUGGCUGAAGGAUGGGGUUUCUUUUCGUUCGCCACUGGGAUCACCAUUUCGAUUGGUCCUCCUCUUGCAGGUUACCUGGCCGAUAUUAUGGGGAGUUAUGACGUCACUCUCUUCUUGUCAGGAGCUAUCGUCAUCUUCGGCUCUGCUAUGUUGUUUCUGUUAAAAUGUGUUAAGUUCACCAACAAGGAACUCGCGUCUUCUCCAAUAGAACUGAAACUUUUGCCAACUUCUGAAGAUCUGUCUGAGAACAACAAAAAAUCCUUUUCCAAUGAAACGGUGAAUACGAAUGUGUCGAGUUUUAUGGUAAUGAUCGUUUAA